UUGAACAAACCCUGAAAUCGGCGCAGGAUGUGUUGACAACUCCUCGUUGUUCCUCCAGUUUUCCUCUCUGAAAUGGAGCUCUUUUUGCACGGCUCGUCUUCAAACGCAUCCAAACUGUACCACAACACCAGCAUGCCACUAAACGCCACUGGGAAUUACACCAACGACCAAUUCGCUGAAGUCAACCUCUUCGAAAUCCUGGGUCCAAAACGGUCUCCCUUCUUCCUCCCAGUGACCGGUGUUUACCUUCUCAUCUUCCUCACCGGUUUGUCUGGGAACCUGCUCACAUGCGCCGUGAUAGCAAAGCACAAGAAGAUGCGAAACCCCACCAACCUCUACCUGGUGAGCCUGGCCGUGUCGGACCUCCUCAUGCUGUUGAUCGGCAUGCCUCUGGAGAUCUACGACCUGUGGCAGAACUACCCGUUCCCCUUCGGCGAGGGCGGCUGCUACUUCAAGACCUUCCUUUUCGAGACGGUGUGCUUCGCCUCGAUCCUCAACGUCACGGCUCUGAGCGUGGAGAGGUACAUAGCUGUGGUGUACCCACUCAAAACACGGUACCUGUCAACUAACCGGCACGCCAAGCGGGUAAUCACCAUCGUGUGGGUGGUGUCGAUGACCUGCGCCAUCCCAAACACCUCCCUGCACGGCAUCUUCUACCUGCCGGAGAGGAUGGAGGAGUCGGCCAUAUGCGCCGUGCUGAAGCCCCUGUGGAUCUAUAACAUGGUCAUGCAGAUCACCACUGUGUGCUUCUAUUUCGUGCCCAUGAUGGUGAUUAGCGUGCUGUACCUGGUGAUGGGUCUUCAUCUGUGCAGAGAAAGGCGGCAGCCCAGCGGAACCUUCGGGAAGAACUGUAGCACCAACACUCGAAGGAAGAUCAGCAUGAACGGGCGCAGGAGACAGAUCAACAAGAUGCUCUCGAUCGUGGUGGCGGUGUUUGGAGUCUGCUGGGCGCCGUUCCACAUCGAGAGGCUCCUGUGGAGUUCCAUCAGCCAGUGGACAGAUUUGAUGCACACCAUUUUUCAGUACGUGCACAUCCUGUCGGGGGUCUUCUUCUACCUCAGCUCUGCAGUCAACCCUAUCAUCUACAGCCUGCUCUCCACGCGGUUCAGGGAGUGUUUCCGAGAACUCGUUUGCUCCCAGGCAGAGGAUAACAGCUCUGUUAGAGACUCGCCGCCGUUCCCUAAGAUUUUACUGGAACCCUCUGUCUCGAGUGCCAGAGCUCAAGCUGAGGGUAAGGACUCCAAUGCUUUCAUCCCUUUGCUGUCACCUAACAUGACACUGAGCAUGGACAAUGCAAUCCUCACAUGUGCAUGUACAGAGACCACCUGCAGGACCUCUGUGUUCUAA